UUUUUAGUGACUUCACUUCAGAAUGUCGAGCACUGGUCGCCGAACCCCAUCUAGACGUACUGCAUCACAACAAAGCAGUGCGCGUUCUGCUAGAUCCGAAGCACCUCCCAGCGCUCGAAGCAGUUCGCCGGAUCUGCGUUCGCUUCCACCGAGCGAAGCUCCCAUAGCAAGUGAAGCCACAUCUCCCCGAGGAGAUGCAGAUUUGGCGUCUGUGCGCAGUGGUACUUCAUCGCUUCGUUAUGGAUCUGAACUCGGUUUGUCAUCGCAAGGGUCUACAGCUUUAUCGUCACGUCGUGGUCAUGCACGUGCCGAUUUGGGAACGGCCCCAAGUCAUCAUAGAACCGUGCGUAUCCAAGGUCUCGAAGAUGAUCUGGCUGACGACAACAGCCAGCCUCGCAUGUACAUCUGGGGAACGAGAAUUUGUGUAGUCGAUGUGCAAAGAGCUUUCCGUGCUUUUAUCACCGAAUUUAAAGUCUCAUCUUUGGAUGAGGACGAGAAUAUGCUGAUGUUGCCUUCUACGCGUCAAGCAGUCGACACAUCUAUUCCUUACUACAUGGAACGCUUGUUCGAAAUUGACCAGACAGAUUGUCCAUUCAUGAAUCUUAAUCUUGCGCAUGUGAAGGCGUAUUCUGAACCACUCUACAGGAAGAUCGUCGCUUAUCCAGCGGACGUGAUUCCGUACCUUGAUAUGACAGUGAACGAAAUUUAUCAAGAGAAAUACAAUCGCUCCUUGGCCACACCUAUCGAGCUACGUCCUUUCAAUGCGGAAAAGACUAGGAACAUGCGUAGUUUGAACCCAUGUGAUAUCGAUCAACUCAUCACCAUCACUGGAAUGGUCACACGCACGUCAUCGCUAAUUCCCGAAAUGCGCAUGGGAUUCUUCCAGUGCUCAAUUUGUAAGUUCUGCGUGGAAAGUGAAGUGGAUCGUGGAAGGAUUGAAGAGCCUACUGUUUGUACUAACUGCUCAAACACAAUGUGUUUCCAACUCAUACACAACCGCUCAAUAUUCUUGGACAAGCAGAUCAUCAAAAUGCAGGAAUCGCCAGACGACAUGCCUUCUGGCCAGACCCCUCACACUGUCACCGUAUUUGCUCACGGUCAUUUGGUAGAGUCUGUACAACCAGGAGAUCGUGUCACACUAACCGGUAUCUUCCGAGUGCAAGCAACAAAGGUUAAUCCUCGUCAAAGAAACCUGCAAGCCGUUUAUCGUACUAACGUAGAUGCUCUACACUUCAGAAAGACCGACGCUUCACGUUUGCACCAAGAUAAUGGUGAGACUUUGACGGAUGAACGUAUUGAGCAGAUUCGCAACCUUUCCAAACGCGACGAUAUCACGGAGGCUCUUAGUCAUGCCAUUGCUCCUUCGAUCUACGAGCAUUCCGAUGUCAAGAAAGGCAUUCUCUGUCUGCUCUUUGGAGGUACCACAAAGGACGAUGAGAAUACGCAUAGAACAAAGCUGAGGAGUGAGAUCAAUAUCCUUUUGUGUGGAGAUCCAGGUACGUCCAAGUCUCAGCUCUUGCAGUACGUGUAUCACCUAUUGCCUAGGAGUCAGUACACCAGUGGAAAGGGUUCGUCAGCCGUGGGAUUGACAGCCUCGAUAUCUCGCGAUGCUGAUACGCAUCAAAUGGUUUUACAAACUGGUGCGUUGGUACUGUCUGACAACGGAGUCUGCUGCAUUGAUGAGUUCGACAAAAUGAACGAAUCGACCAGAAGUGUUUUGCAUGAAGUCAUGGAGCAACAAACUUUGUCCAUCGCCAAGGCAGGCAUCAUUUGUCAGCUGAAUGCACGCGCAUCUAUCUUGGCUGCUGCAAAUCCCGUGGAUUCGAAGUGGAAUAGAGAUAAGACCAUUGUUGACAAUAUACAGCUGCCUCAUACGCUCUUGUCUAGAUUUGAUCUGAUUUUCUUGAUGGUUGAUCCUCAAGAUGAGGCUUACGACAGGCGUCUUGCAAAUCACUUAGUAUCGCUGUACUACAAAGAUAAGACUGAGGCACAAGCCGAACAGCUCGACAAAGCUCUCUUGAGAGAUUAUAUCGCUUACGCUAAGGCUAAUAUCCAUCCGAAACUCACCGAUGAAUCCUCGCAGUUUAUAAUUGACAAGUAUCUCUUCAUGAGAAAGGCUGGAGCACAACAUGGUCAAAUCUCUGCUUACCCGCGACAACUGGAAUCACUAAUCCGACUAUCAGAAGCCCAUGCCAAGAUUCGCCUUUCAGAAAAUGUGACGAUCAACGAUGUGGAGUUUGCCUACAAUCUAUACCGUGAAGCUCUGAAACAGUCGGCAGUUGACCCGGUGACUGGUAAAGUUGAUGUGAACAUUCUUGCUGCUGGAAUGAGCUCCACGAGCAGGAAAAUGGUGCAGCAGGUUGCUGAGGCUAUAGCUAGCCAUCUCGACAGCACUAAAGGUGUUAACGUCUCGGCUAAGAAUCUUUUCAUGACACUGAGACAGGCAGAUAAGACGCUAAACCGUGAUAUCUUCGACGAAGCACUGAAUGAACUUGCCAAGAAGGAAGUUAUUGUCAGAACUGGAGAAAGAAUUCGUUACUUAACAGUCAAGAAUUAGUAUCCUUUACCUUACUGUGUAUCCGAUCUCUUAACAUUACACUGGAAGUUAUUCUCAAUCUCGGUAAUGCCUCAUCUUUGCAAUUUCGCACUCUGUAUAAAUAUAAAUAGAAGCACUUCUUGCUUGUUACUUUUCUGAUUUACUAUUUUAGUAUUCUGCAUAAAGUUUGUUCAAAU